AGGAAAAUAGACAACCAUGCCUGUAGCAAGCAGGCGAGUAGCACCCCUUUCCCAAAACCAGAACAGCCCAACACGUCCCCCGCAGGAAAGGAGGCUUUGCGAAGGCCAGCCGUCCAGGGUGACAGCGACAGUUCCUCAGACAGCGCCGAGAGCUCAGACAGCAGCCCUUCCUCGAGACAGUGUCCUCGGUCCGAACAGGAAAUCGAUUACACAUCCCUCGUCUUCCAAGCUGCAGGUCACAGCGCAAGCAACACAGGGGACUAUGAGAACAUGAAGACGGGAGCAGACUAUGUCAAUGUGGAUCCCAAAAAAAGGACGGUGGAUUUCUGGCCUUGCUUGAGCCCUGUAGCUUCCGCACCGAUAGAAUAUACCGAAGUGAAAUUGUGAUUUAUGGAGAUGCUAUUGACCAAGUUUUCCGCAGGAACAUCACAAUUGCCACAGCAGGUCAAAUAAGUGAGCCUUUGGUAGUCAGAAUCCUGUCUCUGCACAUUGAUCCCUGCCAAGCUGUUCAUAUAGGUAUGUUCCUCCUAAUCCUCGUCAAUUAGCCACUGCCAUGUCCCAAAGCAUGACAUUUUAUAUUCCUUUUGACAUUUUAUUCUGCCUAAUGUAACUGUGCAUGUUCUUGUUGUCCAUACAACGCUCUCUCCCUUUCUUAGUCCUACAAAGCUCUCAACUGUGUUGAUACAAUGGUUAGUCACAGCUUGUGUAAAAACAGCAUUUUCUUGUCUCUCAGACAAUCGUGCCCUUCCAUUUCAUUGACUUCUCCUUGUUUUCAUGUUAAAGGAGAGAGUAAUUCAGAACACCCAAUACAUAUAAUACAGGCCAAAUCCACAGCUGGUGCAAAACCUAAUUCUGCUUCAAUGGGGCUAUGAUAACUGCCCUGGCCCUUUGACUUGACUUCUGUUUUAUUUGCUUGAUAUCAAAUGAAUUUAAAAUACCCACCUUUUAAAAUGCAUAAAUAUAUUUUCUGGGCCUCCUUUGUCUUUUCCCUUGACCAAUACUGACUUUUUUUCACUGUUCCUCUCUGAUUCUAUUUUAUUUUUUAAAUUCUUGACAGUGCUUGAGUGACCGUUCUGAGCGCAUGUCUGCCAGCAGUCAAAUCCAGCCAAGAGGCAGGGGCUCUCUUUGCUGAGGAUGAUUUGCCUGUGACAGGCUUUAGUAAGCCCUGUCACAUUCCUCAGGGUACACAGGGCUGCAGGGCACCUCUCCACCAUCUGUCUAGGAUGUGAGGAAGUCUUUUCUGUGCCAGCUGAGAAGCAGCUCCCUGCAACCACCAGUUUGCAGCAGUACAGGUGCUACCUUCUAAGCCCCCACAGGCCUCGCGGUCUCUGACCAGGUAGCAAU